GGUGCCCGUCUACGUGUGCAAUCGCUCAGAACUCCCGGCGCACGCGGUCUCGCGUUUCGCUGUUUAUUGCCUUAGCAUUAUGUUCUGUGUUCUAGGCGUGUGAUUCACCCGACCAGACGGCCGCGACGACGACGACGACGACGAGCUGGUCCGGAUAUUGUUGUCUUCCGUUCCCGUUAACACCACGCACGAGUCGCAUGACUUUCGCACCCACUAGCACCAGCAUCGGGAUUAGCAAUCUUGCGAAAAGAUUGAAUAGAAGCAGCGCACGAGACGGAUCCAUACACAUACAUCUCUACAGCUGAAUAAAAAAAAGUAGGAAUGAUCACUCGCCUAUCGAUCGUUAGCGAAACUCUAGCAAAGUGGUGCUCGAUGGUGCCUGCCGGAAUCGAUUGCUAGCCGUAGCGUGUGCCUUUCCAUCACAGCACAGGUGAUGCAUGUGAGGUGUGCCGGAAAGCCUUCUUCAAGAACUUUUAUGUGCCUUUAUGCUCUGCCUUACCGUGUGUGCAUUUUGCCGGAAGAUUUAUAACCGUGGGUGCUAGUGGUGGUGGUGGUGGUGGUGAUUCGGUAGUUGACCUCUGCGUGUAAAUCCGUGGUGUGUUCUUGGCGUGUGAUUGCCGACAACGAUGGCAAAGGUGGGUGAUCUAGACAACCGGCCAGCCCAGCAGGGCUUUCGCCGUGAAAGUGAGGAAGCGAAAUCGGCAACGGAAGAGUCCGGUAGCGACGGUGGUAUUAAGAUGAAGAAGGAGCUCGGCCUUAUGGAUGGAGUGGCGAUCAUCGUCGGCGUUAUAGUCGGUGCUGGAAUAUUCGUGUCGCCCAAGGGUGUCCUGCUGUACUCCGGUUCGAUUGGCCAGGCGAUCAUCGUCUGGAUACUGUCCGGUGUGCUCAGUAUGGUCGGUGCGCUCUGCUACGCGGAACUUGGAACGAUGAUACCGAAGUCUGGUGGUGAUUACGCGUACAUCGGCGAAGCGUUCGGACCGUUGCCCGCCUUUCUGUACCUGUGGGUUGCCCUGUUGAUCCUGGUACCGGCCGGGAAUGCAAUUACCGCAAUCACGUUCGCACAGUAUCUUCUACAACCCCUGUGGCCCACCUGUGAGCCACCCUACGAGUCGGUUCGUUUGCUGGCGGCCGUUAUAACCUGUCUGUUGACGGCUAUCAACUGUCGCAAUGUGAAAUGGGUUGCACGGGUAACGGAAACGUUCACCACGAUGAAGGUGUUGGCUCUACUCGUCAUUACCGGUACCGGUGCCUACCAUUUGCUGAGUGGUAAUACGGAACUCCUCGAAUCACCGUUCGCAAACUCGAAAGUACAACCGGGUUUCAUUGCCGUCGCCUUCUACAAUGGACUGUUUUCGUAUUCGGGCUGGAACUAUCUGAACUUUGUGACGGAAGAGCUAAAGGAUCCUUACCGAAAUCUACCGAGAGCCAUCUGUAUCAGCAUGCCUCUUGUGACCAUCAUCUACGUGAUAACCAACAUUGCCUACUUUGCCGUGCUUCCACCGGACGUGAUGCUUUCCUCACAAGCCGUGGCGGUGACCUUUGCAGAGAAAAUGCUGAGCUUCAUGGCAUGGACGAUGCCGCUGUUUGUGGCUUGUUCCACCUUUGGCUCACUGAAUGGUGCCAUCUUUGCGUCUUCGCGACUCUUUUUCGUCGGUGCACGAAACGGACAUCUUCCUGCCGCGCUUUCACUGAUCAACAUUAACUGUCUCACGCCGAUACCUUCGCUUCUGUUUUUGUGUGCUCUCACCUUGUUGCUGCUGUUCAUUCGAGAUGUGUUUGCAAUCAUCAACUACGUCAGCUAUGUGGAAAUACUGUUUAUCUUCAUCUCAGUCGCCGGGCUGUUGCGGUUACGACAGAAGGCACCAGAUACUUACCGCCCAAUCAAGGUUUCUCUCAUUGCACCGAUCGUGUUUCUCCUGACGGCUGGAUUUUUGGUGAUAUUUUCCGUGUUCGAGUCACCGAUGGAGGUCGGCAUUGGUACGGUGAUCAUACUGUUAGGCAUUCCCGUGUACUACGUCACGAUCGGCAAGCCUUGGAGCUGGUUGACGGAAAAAUCUCAAUCGUUCAACACACUUUGCUGCAAGCUGUUUCUUUGUAUGCCCAACAGCGAAAAGUUGGACUAGGAUGCGUGUGCUUGUGAUGUUUGCACAGGUGUUACAGGCAUACAGACUACAGGGCCCGUUGCACAGGUUUAGGUUGUACAUCACUCUCAUGUACGUACGUUGGCAAAUGUAAUUGAAUACGAAACGCUUGGGCGUUUCGACAUGCAAUCUCUUCUCGUUCCUUAUCGAUCGGGUUAGGACCGCUUUUUGCUUACAUAUCAUCAUCAUUACACAGCUCAUGUAAAUAAAUCUCUCGCCUUUCCAUUCCGAUAUACAAUGCCUUGAAGUAGAAGCCCACUGUAGGAAGCAAUCGAUUGCUCAAAAGAUGUUGCUGGUGGAUGCUGCAACAAAGUAUAAGCUCGAAUUUGCUGUCGAUUUCGAUGUUUGGAUUUCAGUAACCCAUAAGUAUACGCACAUAACAAAUCGCUCAAGAAUCAUAACAAGCAUAGGGGACCAAGGCAUUCGUAGGUAAUGCGUGGCCAUAGUGUCCAAGGUCCUCAUUUAAACACUACGUGAAAUCAGCGUGAAGCGGUGUGCUAGUACGAAAAUACACAACAACAGAAUUACUAAGACUGCUAUCAAACUAUUUUGCGAUGGAGUUUUAUAGGAUAUUUAUCGAUUGUAAGCCAACGCUAAGGUACUAUUAAUAAACCUUCCUAUGGAUGAAUGCGAA